CGACUCCCGCGGCCGAUGGGAGACAGAUCAAGGCCGACGAGAUGGAUAUAGGGACGACAGAUACGAGAGAUCGGGCCGAGAUGGAUAUAGGGACGACAGAUACGAAAGAUCGGACCGAGACGGAUAUAGGGACGACAGAUACGAGAGGUCGGGUCGAGAUGGCUACAAAGGUGGUAGGAAUGAAAGAGGAGAUCGGGACUGGGAACUACGAGAUGGGUCGCGCGGACGGUUUGAGCGCGGGGGAGAUGCGAGAGAGUAGCGCGACGAGUCGAGGGGAUGGUACAACCGAAGGGACCGACGCGAUGAGUCACGAGGGCGAUAUGACUCGGGGGACCGCCGGAAUGAUUCGCGACGACGGUAUGAGCAAGGAGGGUCUGGAGGAGACCGUCGCAACGAUUCGCGCGGUCGGAAUGAGAGAGGGGGAUAUGGCAUCUCAUCAGAACCAUAUCCCAACCAGGAGUUCGAUCUCUAGAAGCGCAGACGACAGGCCAUCUACUCCCACGAACUCAUGCGUCUACUGUAGAGGAGAAGAUCAUAUCAAGAGGGAUUGCCCGGACCUCAAACUGGCAAUAGAUGAGGGACUUGUCGUGCUUGAUGACCGCAAGUACGUCAAGUGGGCAGAUGGUCUGGGAGAUGUAUCGAUGUUUGCUUCGAUGAAGGAGAAUGUUGAAGCAAGGAGAGUAAAGCCGAAUAAAGAAAAGGAGCCGGUCAGGAGCCAGAGCAUCAAGAUAACCUUUAAGGGGGAUAUGGCGACCACACCCUUAAGGGUGGCAGCCAACAAGUCGGCGAGAGGGUCUACAUCGACGAAAACUGACACGGAUUACGUGAUGGCGGAGAAGGACGGGCAGCGGGUCGAUGGAGAGAAGGUUAUCCUUUCGCCGCGAAAGCGGGGAGUGCAGAAGUUCUUAAUGAAGAGUUCGCUGGACGAGAUUGACACGGUCGARCCACUGAGGCGGGCCCUUCGGCAACCCAUGCAGUGCUCUAUUCUGGAGUACCUGGCGGYAUCGAAGCCGGCUCGUGAUGAGUUACAGAUGAUCACGCGGAAGACUCGCAUACCUCUAUCGGAGGAGGGUCAGGGGGCCCCUAAGGCGGAAGCUUCUACAGUAGCAGUGACGGGGGUGACUGCCAGAGCGGAUCGCAUGGCGACAGUCCUUCUCGAUGGAAUGGAAGGUGUGCCUCCAGACAAGUUUUAUAUACUUGGUAGCGGGGCCGUUGAGACAAUUAUAAACGAUGGAGCGGUACUCGAUGUUGUGAUCGAUAACGGCAGUGAGGCUGUCAUCAUAGACGAGAACCUGGCAGUACAGGUUGGAUUGGGCCUUGAUAGGUCAUACCUAUUCGAGAUAGAGACGGCUGAUGGGAGAAAGCAACAGAUCACUGGGGUUUGUCGCAAGGCAUCCAUAGAGGUCCAAGGGGUACGAGUGACCCUGCCUGUCUUUGCAAUCAAGAACUGCAGCUCCGACCUGCUCUUGGGUCGAACAUGGCUGAGCCACGUGCAUGCGGUGACGAUAGAGUGACCUGAUGGGAGUCAAACAUUGUCCAUUAAGAAGCCAGACGGGACGCGGGUAAUGAUUGAGACAGUGGAGCCUC